AUGCACGAGAGCCAGGUCCAAUGUGAUGCCUUCAGCACCAGAUCGCCGUUCAGCUUCAGCGGAGAGCCUGCAUUCUGCCACGACCUGCGCAGAGAGUUCCCGCACACGACCGAUGCUCCUUCCAGGAAGGUCCUCGAGGACAAAUUAGAGAGCCACAUCCACACGGUCGCAUCCUCGUCGCUCAAGAACCUGGCCUCUCCACAGUAUCAAGAGCUCGACACAGCAGGCACGGAUCUGUGGAACUUGUGCGCGCGCCUCCGCCGACAGAGCCAACACAGUGAUGCCGCCACCUCGGCCAGUACGCCCUCGAGGCUGCUGACCCUCGUUCGCCUAUAUUCGUUCAUGAUUCUGGCACUCGCGCAGAGCAGUGCCGAGCACCACAGCACUGCCAACAACCUGAUUCGCCUGCACAGGCUGGCGAUCAAGACAGGACGAGCUUGCAUAGAUGAGGGCGAAAUCUCCCUCGCUUCCGACGUACUGCGCAAGGCGGUUGAGUACAAAACUAUGUUGAGCAAGCUAGAAGAUGCAUUGCCAGAAGGAGAAGGUCCAGGCUACCGAGCACCAGAGACGGAGUGUUGGAUGCUGCAGACUACCAUCGCCUGGAAAGACAAUCGUUUAGAGCUUGUCGAGCACUUCCACACGAAGCUCGAUGAAAUAAAGGGCGACAUGACGACCGAGCACAUUGAAAGAUUCGCCGACACCAUAUUUGCCAUCGGACAGAACCUCUCCGCCCGGAAUGAAUGGUCCACCGCCACCAAGUGGCUGCAAAGAGCGUAUAUCUGGAUCAAUACCCCUGAAAUCGAUCAGCUCUCCAAAGAGGGGGCAGAGCUCAGGCUGGCCAUCACGAGAUCACUCAUCCAAGCGCACCUCCACACAGAAGCUUCCGACAACAUGGAGCAAGCCGAGAAUCUUAUUCAGUCCUUAGAAGGAGAAAUUGGCAACACCAUGAUGGUCCUCCUCUUGCGGUUAGAAAUUCUCGUUGCGACGCCUGGGGAGAGUUUUGACUCCUCGUCGUAUGCAAGUGUGAUGCGCAGGAUGAUAGAAACCACCGAGAUGUCUGACAUAACAUUCAAGGUCAUCGUUCAUCAUAUACGCAAGCUGGAGGACAAGAGUCCAAGCACGUCAAUGGACCUUGUCGAUCAAUUCUUGCGGAUGAAAGUGCUACCCACUACCCGUGCGGACUGGAUCGAGCGUCUUGUGGUGCUUCGAACUCACAUGGCAACCAGCCACCGAGAGACUGAAAUCACGUCCCAAGGAAUGACUGUUCUUCUUGAUCAAAUAAAAGACGUGGCUCAGACGCCUUUCUCGGCUACAGCGACCAAUGCCAUACAAACAAUCCAGUUGCUGUGGAAGAAGAUCGAUGCCAACUACUCCUCUGGCGAAUAUGCUCUGGCAGUCUCAUGGUGCCGCGUUGCGUUGCAUCCAAUGCUCGAGCAAUGCGGCCCCGUGAAUGCAGCCAAGAUAUCGAGAAAACUUCUUAUCUGCGCGGCAGAAAAUAACGACCUAGAGACUGCGAUCCAAACGUUUCGUAACAUGAGCGAGUCGGCUCGAAACGAGCCCAGCUCGCUCUUCCUCGGUUUCAAGAUUGGGAUACAAAGUGAGAAUGCAUUGCUUGCACAGGAGUGUCUUGACUCUAUCGCGCAGCAGACCACUGCCAAUAUGCGGUAUCUCUACGCUUGUUGUCUAGAAGCACAAAAGGUCAACGAGAAGUCCUGCGUGCUGAGUGCUCUGCAGCAUAUUGCCCGCAAAUAUGAUCAGUGCGCGCAGGGUUCUGUCCAUACUCCAGCCCUGCUCCGCAGCAUUAUUCGACUGCAGUUGGGACUUUUGAAUGACACCGUGCACCUUCUCAAAGACGACCCACGAGACGAGCAAGGUGACAAGCUCUUUACAAUUGCUGAGCUUGAUUGGUUCUGCAAGAACGCAUACAACCUUGGUCUGAAGCACACUGCUACGUGGGACAUAAGCCUUGUCGUCCGACUUUUUGAGGUGUGCAUAUCCGUCAUGCAAUACUACCCGCCAGAUUUACCAGCACAACCGGCUUGCGAUAUCCUCCUCCGGAACCUUUUCUGUCACUUUAUGGUCGCCACGGCCCUUCUCGCCAUCGCCCGCGCUGAAGACAAUAUCGAAAAGCAACUGCAGCACUACCUCAUAAUGCGCAAAAAAGUCAAGGCGUUCGAUGAGAUGCUCGAAUGCGAGAAGGGAAAGCUUGAUGACGUCCUCAUCGAUGAUCUCGAGCUUAAGCUUUCUACUCUCUUAGUCUUCGAUUUCGAAGGCGCCAUUUGCCUCAAGUCGUAUGAUGACCUGGAUAGCAUUAUCUUGCGAGCAAAAUUGCUUGAAGAGGCAGCAGCGUAUCAAGCCAUGGCAGACUGCCUUUUGAGAGCCGCCAACGUCCCAAGCCAGACCCUCUAUGCCACGCUUCGAAAGCUUGCGAAUGAAAUCUGGGCCUUGGAGAGAUUCAAUGUUGACAGAGUAGCGAAGUACAUGCGGUGCCUCUUGCAAGCAAUGCUGCCUUGCAACCCGGACUACCCUUUGCGUAUCAUUGAGGAAGUGGUCAGAUUUGUGAAGGAAGCAGCCGAGUCCGACAACGCAUUUCCGGAUACUGAAGUGGAGUGGUUCAUCGCAACAGCGUUCAACCACGGGGUUGAUCUUUAUGGAAAUGGCGAGGACGAGCUGAGCAAGAAAUGGUUCGGCUACGCCAUGACACUUGCACACUACUAUCAAGAUGGCGGCAUCAUGGAGAAGGACUUGCAGGAAAGAAGUACACGGCUGCAAUGGGACGGCUGA